AUGAAACAGAGGAGGAGUUUCUUUUCAUUCCUCUUCUGUUUCGUCCUCGUGAGCUUCUUCGGUGUUUCCUCUGUGUCAGCACAAACAUGCAAACAAAGCCGUUAUUAUUUCACACCGAACGAUACAUACGACGCAAACCGCCGUCUAAUCCUCUCUUCUCUUCCUUCCAAGACCGCUUCUCAAGAUGGCUUCUACUACGGAUCUCUCGGACAAGAGCCUAACCGUGUCUUCGCAGCAGGGAUGUGCGUCCCGCGAGCAGAAGCAAACGAUUGUUCUGCUUGUAUCAAGGGUGCUUUAUACUGGUUAAUACAAGACUGUACUAACCAGACAGAAGCGUAUUAUUGGGCACUUGAUCCAACGAAUUGCCUUGUCCGCUACUCAAACAUUUCUUUCUCAGGAUCUUCAGCUUUCUGGGAUAUUACGCCGAGAUAUCUUGUCUUUCACACUGCAUAUAUCAGCACAAAUCUAACAGAGUUCAAGAUUAUAUUUUAUGGUACAAUUGAUCGUAUGAUUUCAGAAGCCUCCAAAGCAAGAAACACAUCAUCGUCCAGUGAUAACUAUUACACAACUGAUUAUGCGAUCUUGAAAGAUUUCCAUACGAUAUACGCAUUGAUGCAAUGCACGCCAGAUAUUUCUCCUAGUGAUUGUGAGAGCUGUCAGCGACAUAGCGUCAUUGACUACCAGAGAGACUAUGGGAACAAGACAGGAGGUUAUGUUAUGCGGCCAAUCUGCUUUUUCCGGUGGCAAGAUUUUAUAUUCUCUAAGGCUUUUGGUAAAAUGACGUUGGCUCCUCCUCCUACUUCUCGUCCUCCUCCGGUGCAACGUCAAUCUCCUUCUUCAGGUGACCGGGCCAAGAAAACAGACACAAAUAGUAGAAAAUUCUCAGUGGGAUCAAUAGUAGCUCUUGCUGUUCUUGCUUUAGUCGCCCUCAUCAUCAUCGUAGGGGUGCUUGCCUGGAGAAUUGAGGUAUUCUGCUGGAGGAGAAGACCGUAUACAGAAGUUGAACUAAAUCAAACUGGUAUUACAACUGUAAGAAUUCGGAAAUACAGCUUCGAGAUGAUCAAAGCUGCAACAAAUACAUUUUCAGAAAGCAACAAACUAGGCCGUGGUGGAUUCGGUGAAGUUUACAAGGGUGUGUUACCUGAUAAAACGGAAGUUGCAGUGAAGAGGUUGUUUAAAAGAUCAAGACAAGGUGAGAAAGAGUUCAAGAAUGAGGUUGUUGUUGUUGCCAAACUUCAACAUAACAACCUUGUUAGAAUUCUAGGGUUUUCUGUCGAAGGAGAUGAAAAGAUACUUGUCUACGAGUUUGUGCCCAACAAGAGUCUCGACUUCUUCCUCUUUGACCCUACAAAUCAAGGGCAGUUGGAUUGGACAACACGGUACAAAAUCAUUGGAGGAAUUGGUAGAGGGAUUCUAUAUCUUCAUCAAGAUUCACCGCUCAAAGUCAUACACCGUGACCUAAAAGUAGAUAACAUACUCUUGGAAGAUGAUAUGAACCCCAAGAUUGCUGACUUUGGGAUGGCAAAGAUCUGUGGGAUGGACCUAACUUCAGAGAACACAAGCAGAAUAGCUGGAACAGAGGGUUACAUGGCCCCAGAAUACAUGGAACUCGGCCAGUUCUCAAUCAAAUCUGAUGUGUAUAGCUUCGGAGUCUUAGUUCUUGAGACUAUUUGUGGCAGGAGAAACAGAAGCUUCCUCCCUUCGGGUCUUAAUUUGGUCACAUACGCUUGGAGGUUGUGGAGAAAUGGGGCACCAUUGGAGCUCUUGGACACAACUAUAGCAGAUAGUUAUCCGAGAGGAGAAGUGACAAGAUGCCUCCACAUUGCGCUCCUAUGUGUUCAGAAAGAUUCAGCAGAUCGUCCAGACAUGUGGACUAUCAUGUCGUGGCUCACUAACAACACAAUCAGUUUACCUGUUCCUAAAACACCUGGAUUUUUCAUCCCAAAUACUACGCCCUAUCAAUCUACGUUGAGGUCCAAUUCCCAUUUUAUCAAUGACAGAACUUGA